GUAUAUUAAAUUAGUAAUACGCAAGUAAAUAACAUCCGUUAUUAAUCCGUAAAUAACUACCCGCGAGCUCUUUCGUGCAACGUUGAAUUUUUUUCCACGAUGACUACGAUAACACAUUUGCCCGACGAAAUAAUUACUAUCAUUCUCGAAGACAACAACAUCAGCGUUAAGGACAUCGUGAGUUUUAGUUCCACGUGUAAAAGAUUCCGGCAGAAUAUACAGAGUAACAAUGUUUGGGAAAUAAAAUUUUAUCAAAGGUGUCCAUCUGCAAAAAAAAAGUAUAGCAUAGCGAAACAGAAGAAAAUUUUUGGCUAUUUAGAUUUUCAAGAGCAAAUAAAAAUAGGUUUAAAGUGUGUGAAAAGUCUACAGUAUUAUGCGUCACUGAUAUCCGAUGAUGAUUUAUGGUAUAAUAAAGAAGAUGAAUUUAAAUGUUUUCUACAUUCCAUAAUUAAAAAUUCCAUAAUUUACUAUUUUGUUUCGGAUGAGUGUUGUAGAAUUGUUUCUGCAAAAUCACCAUGGCAACCUGGUUUCAGUUUGUCAUUUGGACAUAACUUCAAUUUAGUUUUCCACUGCCUGAAACAGUAUCGACUUGUCUACAAGCUAUUUAAAUUUAUAAAUAUGCCAAAGGAGAAACAGCUUCCAGAACAAUUAUUUAUUAUUCUCGCACAAUAUUUUCGUCCACGUAUAUCUCAUUCGGUUGUAAAAACAUGGCUGGAUGAAGUUGCACAAGAAGUAUUAUGCCGCCUUAAAAUUAAAUAUCCAACUCAUCCAAUAUUCUCUGUGUCCCCUGAGAAGUUUUCCUUUUGGAGAGACAACAAUAUCGAUGACAAUUUCUGGGAUGCAAGAGAAGCGAAGCAAAUAAUGUGUAUUCUUGAACAAUAUAUAUUUUCUGAAGAAAUGGAGACAGAUAAAUUAUUUAAACUGUGGAUAUCGUUAGACCUAGAAGACAAAUUGUCAUAUUAUGUGGAAGCUAAGAUCCCAAGAAAGAACCAACCAAACAGAAGAAAAAAUAAUAUAAAAUUUGCAGUUGGUAUGAUUGUAAAGCACUCAUAUUUACAUAGAUUAGGGCAAGCAUAUUUGCCGGCUGCGAGAAUAAAUAAUCACGGCGUGAUAAUUGGGUGGCAUUUUAAAUGUAAACGUAAGCUCAUGAGAAAAUCAUUCUGUGACAUGAUGCCAAAUCUGCUUUUUUGUGAAUUGAAUGGACACAAGCAUACCUAUUUCUGCAAAUGUGGAAUAUUUGGCACGCACAGAAUUUGCAAUCAACCGCACUAUAUAAUUCUCGCUGAUAAUAACAAAAUAUGUUAUGCGCCACAAAACUUUGUAUCGAUAUGUCCACCAAAAUGGAUAAACAAUAUAGAAAUUGGACAAUAUUUUUCUAGAUUCGAAAAUACUCACUACGUACCAAAUGAAGCAUUGGCAAAUGCUUAUCCAUACGAUAUAGCUGCAAUUCCCAGAAUACUAUCCAACAGUUUAUGUUAAGCCGAGAUUUCAAUAA